AUGGUGAUGGAUAUGCUAGAACGCGCCCUUGACGAAAACCCUGAAGUUGAUUUGCUCUCUGUUAUACCUACAUCGUAUAAGAGCCAAAUCUCUCCAGAUGCACGCCCUCUGUCAGAUAUUGCAAAGCUCAACCAGUGGACGAUACGGAGGAUGGAAAGGCAGUUUAGUCAAGAGCCCGACAGCGACUUUGCCUCAACAUUUCAAGACUUCUAUCGGAGAGAGUGGGAUCGCCGUAUGAAGUAUGUCGACUCUUCAACACUUGGGAUGAAGUCAGAACCAGAACCUCAAGAGAUUCACCUGCCACCUGCCGAUACUCUCGAGAAGCUUGAAGAUGAGGACGAAGCAACUGUGGUGUCUCCGCUCUCUGAGGGUUAG